GGUCUCAAACACCUGAGUUCGGUUAUCCUGCCUUGGCCUCCCAAAGAUUACAGGCAUGAGCCACCACACCCGAACACUUGAGGUGAUUUUAAGCUUCCAGCAAAGUGCACCAGCAGGACCAGGAGGUGGCCUGGGCUCCCCGCAUCACUCCCAUCCAUGCAGACCUAGGCAAGUCCCUCUCUCUGGAUCUCUGCCACCACUACAUACAAUGCAAGUAGAAAGUUGGGCAGGACUGGGGGUGGAGAAGGUAGAGGUCACGUCUGUCAGGCUGGGUGGGCUGGAGCCUGUCUUCCCAUACCUGGGACAUGAUCUCCAAGGACCAGCUGUCAGUCAUGAUGAUGGGCUGGCUUGGAUUGGCAGGGAGCUUGCUCUCCUUCUCGGAGGGCCGGAGCAGUGUGGGGCCAAAGACAGCGGUGAGGUUGUACAGGGACAUCUUAUUGACUGCCUCCUUCUCUGCCAUACUGUAGAGGACUGAAACAGUGGGUGCUGUUUCAAUACCACCACGAGAGAGACAGAGGGGCUGUGCCAUGCUGGAGUCCUCAGGAAGGGAGUGACGUCGACCUUGGCUGUGCUGCAAGCUGACUCCAGCCCUGGGGUCAGCAGCACCCAGCAAACAGCAGCAGGAGGAGCCGUGAGAACAGCCACUCAUGGGCAGAGCUGCCCUUGGGCAACUCCCGCCACCACCCCCUCCCCAGGGAGCCCAAUGCAGGGGAGGCUUGGCGUGGAAUGAAACAGGGGAGUGAGGGACACAAGGAGGUGGGAAGUGGGAGGGGGCCCCAGCCCCACCAAGUAUGCAGAGACUCCCUCAUCGUCCUGGACACCACAGGGUCAUCUGCAUGCUGGGAAAGCAGGUCUUCUGUGCAUGGGCCUGGGGGCAGACCUGCCCUAAGGGUCAUGUGGAGACUACAGGUGCUGCACGUGUCAGCGCCCGCUUUAGACAUCAGCCUGCAGGUUGACUAAGGGUCAGGCCAUGUUUGAACCCAUGCUUGACUGGACCAGGACCCGUGGCCAGAGCACCUGGUCACCAGUGUUUAGCCCUGGUCUGCAGGAAGGAGGACAGCAGAUUUUAGGACACUGUAGCAUGACAGUGCUGACCAUUUCACCCUCUUGGUCUCCUUGAGGAAUAGGGAUGGGGAGCCCUCUGGGGAUGGGCGAGGUCUUCCAGGACAGGCUUGAUUUUGGUCCCCUGCUUUCUGAGGUUGGGUUAAAACACCAUGGCAGAGGGGGCACAGCUCGGGUUCCCACACAUCACUUUUCACAGCCUCCAAUGGCAGCAGUGCACGUGGAGGAGACGUCUCCCACAAGGCCAAGGCCUCCAGUGCUCACCGAUGCCCUCGGAGAAGUUAGGGUAGAACUCGUCAGUGAAGAGGGGCUCGGGCAGCUCACGGAAGUACAGCUUCAGCAUGCCUGCGAUGCCAUCCACGUCCAUCUCGCUCAUCAUCACCGACACGUCCUUGUUAUCUGGAAAAAGCACGGAAAUGCCGCGGCCUCCUUCAGGAUCCCAAUAAAUGAAGAAAAGACACAGCGAAGGAUGUGACAUGCCCGGGCCAUGGAGCGCUCUGAGAUCUCAUCGCCAACACCACCGCCCACACCUCCAUCCCGUCCUGCGCAGGCCGACACUCACUGACGUCGAAGGCUGCCUUCAGUGCCUGGAUGUCCGUGGCCACUCCGGACACGCGGUAGAUGCCCACCUCCUCCAUGCCUCGGCGCUCGAGCUCCUCCAUGCACUGGCGUACGACGUAGGGCACCUUGGACCUCUGUCUCCUGCGGGAGGAGGAAAUGUUCUCAGUGUCCUGACAGCCCUGCUUAGGCCACAACACAGGAGGCCUGCCCCCUCUCUGCAUACCUGGAGGUGGGGUGAGGACAGUGACAAAGGCGCCCAGGUCUAGGGCUGCACACAGAGCCUUCUGCAUGUCUGUGCUCCCUCUGCAAGCCCUGUCCUCAUUGCAUGUACUUUCUCAGGAACCUGUCAAGCAGCUAGAACCCUUGAGAGUCACACAUGAUCUUUGUGGGAAGGUCAGGAGGCCUGUCUAAGUAAAGUCAGAACAGGAAGGGCAUCUGACAGAUUCCAGGCCUGGGGUUAGCAGCCUGUGCCAUCAGCUGGGGGAUCAGACCCAGUGUUGGUCCUGCCACCCGCGCUCUGUGUGAGAGGAGAAUCCCUGACCCCUGCCCUGGGCCUGGGCCUUAACACACAUCCGAGGAAUGAAUGAAGGGUUGCCUCAGCACCAGUGCUCCAAGUCCUGUGAUGCUACGUGCUUUUCUCCUCUGAGUCCUAGCACUGAACAAUUCCAAUACCGCCACACAGGACACUAGAGUAAGAAUACUUCAAAGUAAGCGCUGUGCUGAGGCUUUAAAUUUACUUUCAUUUUGCAACUAGAUUUACCAGCACAUCCAAGCUGCUUCUCAAGCCACCCUCAUUAGCAGUGGUUAUUUGGGGGAGCUGCUGCUGGGGUCCUCACUGCUCAUGCCCAGAGCCCUCCCAGAGUGCUAUGCAAGUGGCUGCUGUGCAGUUGGGGGUGGGGAGUGGUGUUUAUACACAGAAAGGAGUGCAGGGUAUGAUUGAUGGAGGCCCCGGCCUACAGGACCGGCAAGUUCAGGGACCCAACUGGAUUCCAUCCUGGGGAAGCAAAUAAAUUCUCAGAGGAAGUGGUCUGUGUCUGCAAGAACUGCUCUCAAACCCAACAGGCUUCUCUUGGCAACUGACUCGUGACAAAGGGUUCAAGAUCAUUUGAAAAAAAAAAAAAAAGGGGGGGAGCCGGGAGGCAGUGGGUCCUGGAAAAGUAAAUUGUUUAUUUUACAGUAAGAAAGUGAUUAAAUAUAUAUUUUUUUUACAAUGGUGGAAAAUUAGAAGUGAUUGUGAAAAUGAUGUCUACCCACGUUGCUGAUGAGUAGGAUGUGAUUUGGCUCUUUAGGAAAGUGAAUUUGUAGAACUUAAGAAUAUUGAUUUAUAAAGGGCAUGGCCUUUGACCCAGUCCAUCUUAUGCAAAUCUGGAUGCCAUAAAUAAUAUUUAAAAAUAAAAGUAUUGGGGUGGAGGUUGCAGUGAGCAGAGAUCACGCCACUACACUCCAGCCUGGUCGACAGAGUGAGACUCUGUCUCAAAACAAACAAACAAACAAACAAAAAUAAAGAAGUCAUUCCCAAUGUUGCUCAUCAGAUUAUGACCAUAAAUAUCCAGGAUCAGACUAAUGGCUAAAGAGACGGUGACGCAUCAACACCAGGCAGAGAACAAAGCAGAUUUUUUUUUUUUUUGGAGAGCCUCUAGGAACUUGAAAAAUACAUAUGCCACACUCUUAAGACCCGGUGGUUCUUAAUCAGGGGUGUUCAUUAAAAUGCUGGAAAGCUGAAAAGACUUCCAGGUCCCAUCCAAGGAGAUUUUGCUUCUGAUUGACUGGCUAGUGGCCUGGCCAUUGGUAUUUUGAAAAAGCCCUCCAAGUGAUUCUUUUACUUACACCCCAGAUAGAAAACCCCAAAUUAAAGGUAGAAAAAAACCAGACACCAAAUGGCAUUUAAAUAAAUGUCAACUUUAAUGCCACAAAGCAUCUGAUUGCAUGUGGACAGAAAGAGAAGGAAAGAGGGUGCUAUAUCUGGAUAACUUAGAAAUGUGCUCCCCUAGCAAGAUAUCUACCAAAAUUAGAACCAUAUUUGAGGAUGCUGGUACUGCGAGCAAUAUAUAAAUGAUGCAUGUAAUGCCAUUUAAUAUGAUCGUAUUUU